GUACAGAUGCAUAGAUACGCUGUUUUUCGAGUUCAGAAUCUUGCCAAGUUGUACUAUUUGCCAUUGAAACAUACAGCCUUGAACAAGAUGGAAAAUAAGAUACCAGAGCUCAAGUUACCCCAUGUGAAGAUAGCUCGUCCUGAUCAUGUCACAGAAGUGAUUCAGAAUAUGAUCAAAGAUGGCCAUGACAAGUUACAGGUGACAGCUGAUUUUGAUUUCACUUUGACGAAAUUCAAAGAAAAUGGCACACAGUGUGCUGGCACUCAUAAUGUUCUAGAAGAGGGACAUGUUUUGCCAGAUUUCUAUAAAGAAGAGGCGAGGGCAUUAAGGGAUCACUAUUUUCCUAUUGAGACCAACCCUCAACUAACUAUGGAAGAAAAAAUUCCAAUUAUGGUGGAAUGGUGGACAAAAGCCCAUGAUUUGUUGGCGAAGUGUAACAUAAAUAAAGAUGAUGUUAGACAAAUGGUGGAAAAUUCAACUGCCAAACUAAGGGAUGGUUGUACAUGGUUUUUUGACCAGUUACAUGCUAAUGAGAUCCCUCUCCUGAUCUUUUCUGCGGGGAUUGGUGAUGUCAUCAUUGAGGUCAUCAAACACCAGGCAACUCUCCAUGACAACAUGAAGGUCGUCUCUAAUUAUCUGGAAUACGAUGCUCAGGGUCAAAUGACAGGUUUCCAGGAUGAUCUAAUUCAUGUGUUUAAUAAGAACGAGGGGGCGAUACACGACUCCGAUUAUUUCCAGAAUUUAGAACAUCGUAAUAACAUCGUCCUAAUCGGGGAUUCCAUUGGAGAUCUUCACAUGGCUGAUGGAGCUGUAGGGGUAAAAAAUAAACUCACUGUAGGAUUUCUUAAUGUAAAGGUUGAAGAGAGUCUGGAGUUGUACAUGAGGAGAUAUGAUAUCGUGAUAUUGGAGGAUGAGACUUUAGACGUAGUGAACGCGAUUCUAAGGAAGGUGCUACAGAGUAAAAAUUAGACCUCACUCACAGCAGGAUCUGUCUCCUUAUCGACAUUAGUGCAAAUUAAGUCUUUCAGUGCAAUGUUAAUAUGGAAGUAGAAGUGUUCAGCUUAUAUGGAGUGAAUGGUAGACUGAUUUGUCCCCCUUUGAUCUGAAUCAUAAAUGGUAUAUUGAAUGAAGCAUGCAAUGUAUGCUAUAUAUAUAAGAGUGCGAUAGGUUAGUGUCAUUUUACGAGGGUGGGGGCUUAAUCCAUUUCUUUUAUUUGAUAUGUAUGUUUCAGUUGUGAAUACAGACUUAUAUGCAAUUCUAUAGACUAGUUGUGUUAAGGAAUUUUUGGUAU